CUCCUGGAAGCCACAGGGCAGGGGACCUGUGCCGGGGAGCCGGGGCAGGCAGAGCAGGCAGGCCCAGCUUAUGUGGCAGCCCAGUGACACACAUGGAAGCGUAAAUCAGGCCGAGGAUGGUGCGUCCGGGCGCUCACGUGUGUAUACACCCACCGGCGUGUCUGUCUGCCGGGUGGGUACCUGUGGUGUGAGUGGCUCCGGGCGUGGCUGCUCGUAGGACGUUCAGUUUCUGUGGGAUUUCUCUCGAGGGGCCUACCUUCCCCCGGCUCCAGAGCGGGAACGUAAGAAGUUGAAAGGAGCCGGGUCUGAGCAGAUUAAGGGAACAGCGGCCGGGCCGGAGAAGGUGGGGACUGCGGGUGCUGGGGGCUAGGGAACCACGUCCUUGCCGUGUCUCCCCCGGCAGAAAGGCCUUUUCGCAAGACUGGCGUGACAAAGGUGGCCCUGAAAUGCUAGAGAGUCCCCGGGGCAAUGAUGAUCGCUGAGUGAGUGGCACUGGGCUGAGCCCGAGCAGUUCACUGACUGACAUAAAGGGAUGCUAGCGGUUAGGAAGGUAAGGAGGAAACUCAGGAUGGGGACCAUCUGCUCCCCCAACCCCAGCGGGACAAAGACAUUGGAGGUCUGCAAUGCCGACUGGAUGGCCUCGCUCCCUGCUCACCUCCACAACGUCCCCCUUUCCAAUCUGGCAAUCCCAGGCUCCCACGAUUCAUUCAGCUACUGGGUGGACGAAAAGUCCCCCGUGGGGCCUGACCAAACCCCAGCUAUCAAACGCCUCGCCAGGAUCUCCUUGGUGAAGAAGCUCAUGAAGAAAUGGUCUGUGACUCAGAACCUGACAUUCCGUGAACAGCUGGAGGCUGGGAUCCGGUACUUCGACCUGCGGGUGUCUUCCAAGCCGGGGGACGCCGACCAGGAGAUCUACUUCAUUCACGGGCUUUUCGGCAUCAGGGUUGGGGAUGGGCUGAUGGAGAUUGACUCGUUCCUCACACAGCACCCCCAAGAGAUUGUCUUCCUGGAUUUCAACCACUUCUACGCCAUGGAUGAGGGCCAUCACGCACGCCUGAUUCUCCGGAUCCAGGAGGCCUUUGGAAACAAGUUGUGCUCCGCCUGCAGUGUGGAAAGCAUGACACUGCGGACGCUGUGGGAGAGGAAGUGCCAGGUUCUUAUCUUUUAUCACUGCCCCUGCUACAAGCAAUACCCCUUCCUGUGGCCUGGGAAGAAGAUCCCGGCGCCCUGGGCAAAUACCACAAGUGUGCGCAAGCUCAUCCUCUUCUUGGAGACCACGCUGAGCGAGCGCUCCCCCCGCGGCUCCUUCCACGUGUCUCAAGCGAUCCUCACGCCCAGGGUGAAGACCAUUGCCCGAGGCCUGGUUGGCGGCCUCAAGAACACGCUGGUCCACAGGAAUCUUCCUGCCAUCCUGGACUGGGUGAAGACUCAGAAGCCUGGAGCCAUGGGUGUCAACAUCAUCACGUCCGACUUCGUGGACCUGGUGGACUUUGCCACGACUGUCAUUGAAUUGAAUGACCUCCUACAGGAGGAUAGAGCUUUGGCUAAAUGCUGAUUUAAUUUUUUACUUAACUUAAUAUUGAAGUUGUUGAUCCGGUUCUGAAGGGUUUCCUGUUAAGCUGGCCCCUGGGCAGUGAUGGUGAAGUAAAUAAGAAGAGGGGACAUUUUUUCCUUUCCCCUCUUCACAGUGCCGUUUGGAUAAAAUUACAGGGCUUUUAAUUGCAUUUUUCCCAAAUGAGACUUUUUAAAAACUUAAGUCCAAGGGAAGAACGCAUGUUUCAUGUGCUCAAGGUCAGCAUCUCCCCAGUGGCUUAUGAUGUGGAAUGUAACGUGGAAAUGGGGUCUCCAGGUUCCAUUGGGGUAUCGAGUGUCCCCUAAUUGGCCUAGUUCCCUGUUGUCUUCCAGGAUGUUGUGUUUGAGCCAGAGAAAAGGCUGAAGCACAAGGGCAUUCCUGAUCCAAAGGGUGGCUCACGGCAGGUGUGGACUGCCCUGUGGGGUGGCUCUAUCAUCAGCCUAGGGCUUUGAGGGGAGAAAGGUCAAACACCAGUUUUCUCCAGGCAUGUUGAACGUCACCACUUCUUCCCCAAGCAUAAGAUGUAUUUAUCACCAAGGUAUUUUCGCCACAGGCUGUUCUUGCAGUGCUUGUGCUUGGUAAUUGGUCGCCGUCAUUCUUUAGAUAAGCCGAAUACUGUCCUCAGUAUCAGAAAUGUGCUUCCCAGUUUUAAAACAUUGAUUCCCCUCUAUUUCUUUGGCCCAUUCGUAAAAGUGAAAGGAACAGCCAUGGGACAUCUUUUCAAUCUGGGGCCCAACAAGAGAUAGACGUGCAUGUCUGUUGCAUGCCAGAUUCCUUUCAUUCUGUAGCUUUUCCCCAAAUGGCUGCUGGGCCAGUGCCUGCGUCAUUUUGGCAAAGUCCUCUUUGGAAUGGGACCUUCAAGCCAGAUCUUGGAAUUGCAUUUUGUUGUUGUCUGCCUAGGACUCGGGUCUGCUCUGUGGGAUGCAGCGCUAGCAGAAGGCACUUUGUCCAUGAUACCACGGAGGCAGACACAGCAUGCGUGAAAAAGUGCAAUGGAUUUAAGGAGGAGGCUCCAAGUGGGUUUGGAGCCAUUCUGUAACUCCUUGAAAACAAGACUACCUCGGGGACAUUUAGGAUGACGGUGGGUCAUCCAGUGAGAAAUACCCAGUGUUGGAACAUUUCCAGUCCGUGUCUUGAUUGUUCUACUUUCUGCAGGUUGUUUUGAGCCUACUAAUCACCACUGCAGGAGGGCUUUGAAACUCAAGAAGGGAUUUUUUAUUAUUGUAGAUAAGAGGUUCUUACCUAUAAAGAGCCCUCUUGUGUUUUAUUUAUUUAUUUAUUCAUUUAUUUAUUUAUAGAUUAAGUAUCUUCAGUGCUGCUUACCUCAAGAGCACUCACAAAGGAGCUUCCUGAACUUUUCUCACCCAGGCCAGAUGCUGCCGUGGUCCUCCUCCCCUCAACAGGACCACGCAUCUCAGGACUGUGAGUGACCUCUAACUCUACUGUAGAUGCUGUAGACGUCCUGGCCCCCUGGUCAUGGUGGGGACAGUGUUCGUGGGUGGAUGUGGUCCAGACCGGAGAAGCCACUACCACGCCACGGACUAGAACAGAAGACGCAAUGGGCCAUGAAGCGCUCUCUGUUCUUGAGGAAGACCCUCUGAAAGAGGGAUAAAAGAAGGAGCUAGAAAGAACACUGGGCAUGGGAGUGUGUGUCCUUCAGUGCUCCUCAGAACUCUCUGAGAAUCCCUAAGGAAGCGUCAGCUUCUGGAUCCUUAAGGUGGAAAGAUAA